AUGAAGAAAGAGGACACUGAAGAGUCGGCCACGCAGGGCAGGGACACGGCACCACCACCACCUGGCACAGCGGUAAAAGAUGUUUCAGAGACCAGUAGCCAAAAAUACGUUUUAGACACCGGCAACCGUCCAGAACCAGAGCCAGACAGACCUUCACAGGCUGAUGGGGCUGAAAGUUCAGGUAAAGUUAGCACUGUCAUUGGUUGUCAAUUACAUUUAAAUUUUUUAGUCAUUUAGCAGACGCUCUUAUCCAGAGCGACUUACAGGAACAAUUAGGGUUGAGUGCCUUGCUCAAGGGCACAUCGACAGAUAUUUAACCUUGUCGGCUCGGGGAUUAGAACCAGCGACUUUUCGGUUACUGGCACAACGCUCUUAACCACUAAGCUACCUGCCGCCCCAUGAUGUGAUGGAACUAAUAACACUAGCAUUAUAAAGCCUAUAAAUAGGCCUGUGUCUGGAUUUGAUUAGAGCUUUGAUCGAAAAUUCAAGUCUGAUGCUACCUGAGGCUGAUGAGCCAUAAACUAAAUACAUUUAAUGAGCCAUACAUUAGACGUUUAAUGAGCCCGAGCCCAAAAAAGCCCAAAUGAUUGUGCCGUUAUCCAAUACAGAAAAACAUAAAAGCCCAUAGAUGUAGCUAGCUCUAUGCUCUCUUGGGUAAAUAAAUGAAACUAGCUCCAGUAGGCUAAUCUUUUUGAGUGUGAACUGUAUUACUGUACUGUAUUGUAUUAUAUGGACUGGAAUUAUGCACAUCUUUCAAACCAUGAUAAAGUAGGGAGGGAACAUGCGGCCUACAAAGUUAUAAGUAUAGGCUAGUGAAUUAGAUUUUAAUUUAGAAAUAUAAAUAGGGCCUAUUGGUGUAAUUAGUAGACUGACGCUUAUAUACCUUUCAUAAUAGUUCCCCAAAUGUUACCACCUCCCCUCUCUAUUGUUACUUCAUUCCUUCCUCGCUUUCAACCGUUAAAUGAAAUACGUUUUGUUGUCCUUAUCAUCAUUCUAAUGACAUCCUUGAAUAAUAUAGGACUAGAAUUAGAUGCAGGAGGCUUUCACUUCUCUUCAUGAAGAUUGAAUGGUUGUGGGUCUGAAUAAAUAACUGCUAUAGCAUAUCGCGCGUUCGCUCUUCUUUCAAACUACCCGUGAGUUCUAUUGGCUGCUGUAUUUAACAUUCAGCAAACUAGAGCUUGCGUCCCUCUUUCGAAUAGUCUAUUGGUAGAAGAAACUCCCAGCAAGCUAUUCUAGUCUAGCUUUUCCUGCGUGGGACUCCCAAGAGCUAAGGAAGUUUAAGGAGAAAGGCCAGCGGAGCACAUUGCGCAAGAGACUGAGGCUAUAGGCUAAGUUAUACGCUUAUUUUGCAUAACCCAUCAUUAACUAAAUAAGGCUAAUAGUGCAUUAAAUGUAUUACCUGAAAGAGGUCGGCUAGGACAUCUAUAGAUGGAUCAGGGUUAUUUAUUUUGGAUGCAAUUUUUAUGGAGUUUAUGGAGAGAGACUGCGAGAGUGCUCGCACGUGCGCUGAUUUAAAGCAACGAUAUUCGAGUGAUAGGCUGUAACUGCAGCAGCAAUAAAAAAAUAAAACAAAUCUUCACAAUAAAAAAUAAAUAAUAAUAAUGUGACCCCCGAAAGCCAGAUGGAGAUGGGUGAAUUAGACACGCAUUCGGUCCUUAUAUUACUGUAGUAUAGACUGUGCUGCAGGAAAUGCAGGCCUACCUGUCACAAGAAAUAGAAGUUACCAUGAUCGGUCUACAUGCAUUGUGAACUCGCUCCAUACUGAGAUGGGCUGUCUGUCCCCACCCUGAGCGUUGAUGAUUCGUAAUGCAGAUAGUAGAGAAGCCAGAUUUAGACAUCACAUAUAAUUACAGUUCCAUUUCACAUCAUGCUGUUCAUAGAAAUAAUUUUAUUAUAAUCUCGCAGUUAUUUAACCCGGGAAAGGGGAGUGGUUUUGGGCUGUAAAUCUCAGUAACCGGGUUCCCGCCCUUCAACCCUAGUACACAUAGGCAGGACUGUUCCGACCGCAAAGCAUCACAACUAUGGCAGCAGCGUAGCUAUACAUUGUGAUGGUAUAUGUGAAUGCUCCCAUACAGCCGGUACACCUUAGCUAGUGUAAAGCACCGGCAGCAAUUUUUCAACUGACUAUUACAUGGCGAUUUACUACAAAGGUGAAAGUAAACCGGUCCGGCUUAAAUAGUGGGGAUAUGUCAUACUGGUAAAACGUGAGCCUAUCACAAUAAUUUAAAACAUCAUUACCGCAUGUCAACUCCUGGACAGUCUGUGGUGCAACGUGGCGUUGGUGGAUGGAGCGAGACAUGAUGUUCCAGAUGUGCUCAAUUGGAUUCAGGUCUGGGGAACGGGCGGGCCAGUCCAUAGCAUCAAUGCCUUCCUCUUGCAGGAACUGCUGACACACUCCAGCCACAUGAGGUCUAGCAUUGUCUUGCAUUAGGAGGAACCCAGGGCCAACCGCACCAGCAUAUGGUCUCACAAGGGGUCUGAGGAUCUCAUCUCGGUACCUAAUGGCAGUCAGGCUACCUCUGGUGAGCACAUGGAGGGCUGUGCGGCCCCCCAAAGAAAUGCCACCCCACACCAUGACUGACCCACCGCCAAACCGGUCAUGCUGGAGGAUGUUGCAGGCAGCAGAACGUUCUCCACGGCCUCUCCAGACUCUGUCAUGUCUGUCACAUGUGCUCAGUGUGAACCUGCUUUCAUCUGUGAAGAGCACAGGGCGCCAGUGGCGAAUUUGCCAAUCUUGGUGUUCUCUGGCAAAUGCCAAACGUCCUGCACGGUGUUGGGCUGUAAGCACAACCCCCACCUGUGGACGUCGGGCCCUCAUACCACCCUCAUGGAGUCUGUUUCUGACCGUUUGAGCAGACACAUGCACAUUUGUGGCCUGCUGGAGGUCAUUUUGCAGGGCUCUGGCAGUGCUCCUCCUGCUCCUCCUUGCACAAAGGCGGAGGUAGCAGUCCUGCUGCUGGGUUGUUGCCCUCCUACGGCCUCCUCCACGUCUCCUGAUGUACUGGCCUGUCUCCUGGUAGCGCCUCCAUGCUCUGGACACUACGCUGACAGACACAGCAAACCUUCUUGCCACAGCUCGCAUUGAUGUGCCAUCCUGGAUGAGCUGCACUACCUGAGCCACUUGUGUGGGUUGUAGACUCCGUCUCAUGCUACCACUAGAGUGAAAGCACCGCCAGCAUUCAAAAGUGACCAAAACAUCAGCCAGGAAGCAUAGGAACUGAGAAGUGGUCUGUGGUCACCACCUGCAGAACCACUUCUUUAUUGGGGGUGUCUUGCUAAUUGCCAAUAAUUUCCACCUGUUGUCUAUUCCAUUUGCACAACAGCAUGUGAAAUUUAUUGUCAAUCAGUGUUGCUUCCUAUGUGGACAGUUUGAUUUCACAGAAGUGUGUUUGACUUGGAGUUACAUUGUGUUGUUUAAGUGUUCCCUUUAUUUUUUUGAGCAGUGUGUAUAUAUACAGUGUGUGCGAAUGUAGUAAGUUAUGGAGGUAAGGCAAUAAAUAGGCCAUAGUGCAAAAUAGUUACAAUUAGUAUUAACACUGGAAUGAUAGAUGUGCAAAUAGAUACUUGGGUGCAAAUUAGCAAUAUAAAUAACAAUAUAGGGAUGAGGUAGUUGGGUGGGCUAAUUACAGAUGGGCUGUGUACAGGUGCAGUGAUCGGUAAGCUGCUCUGACAAUUGACACUUAAAGUUAGUGAUGGUGAUAAGAGUCUCCAGCUUCAGAGAUUUUUGAGGUUCGUUCCAGUCAUUGGCAGCAGAGAACUGGAAGGAAUGGCGGCCAAAGGAGGUGUUGGCUUUGGGGAUGACCAGUGAGAUAUACCUGCUGGAGCGCAGACUACGUGUUGGUGUUGCUAUAGUGAGCUAAGAUAAGACAGGGAUUUGCCUAGCAGUGAUUUAUAGAUGACCUGGAGCCAGUGGGUUUGGCGACGAAUAUGUAGUGAGGGCCAGCCAACAAGAGCGUACAGGUCAAAAUGGUGGGUAGUAUAUGGGGCUUUGGUGACAAAACGGAUGGCACUGUGAUAGACUACAUCCAAUUUGCUGAGUAGAGUGUUGGAGGCUAUUUUGGAAAUGACAUUGCCGAAGUCAAGGAUCGGUAGGAUAGUCAGUUUUACGAGGGCAUGUUUGGCAGCAUGAGUGAAGGAGGCUUUGUUGUGAAAUAGAAAGCCAAUUCUAGAUCUAACUUUGGAUUGGAGAUUCUUAAUGUGAGUCUGGAAGGAGAGUUUACAGUCUAACCAGACACCUAGGUAUUUGUAGUUGUCCACAUACUCUAGGUCAGACCCGUCGAGAGUAGUGAUUCUAGUCGGGUGGGCGGGUGCAAGCAGCGUUCGGUUGAAGAGCAUGCAUUUAGUUUUACUAGUGUUUUUAAGAGCAGUUGGAGGCUAUGGAAGGAGUGUUGUAUGGCAUUGAAGCUCGUUUGGAGGUUUGUUAACAGUGUCCAAUUAAGGUCCAGAUGUAUACCAAAUGAUGUCGUCCACAUAGAGGUGGAUCCGAGCGUCACCAGCAGCAAGAGCGACAUCGUUGAUAUACACAGAGAAUAGAGUCGGCCCGAGAAUUGAACGCUGUGGCACCCCCAUAGAGACUGCCAUAGGUCCAGACAACAGGCCCUCCGAUUUGACACAUUGAACUCUAUCUGAGAAGUAGUUGGUGAACCAGGCGGGGCAUUCAUUUGAGAAACCAAGGCUAUUUAGUCUGCCAAUAAGAAUGCAGUGGUUGACAGUCGAAAGCCUUGGCCAGGUCGAUGAAGACGGCUGCACAGUACUGUCUAUUAUCAAUCGCGGUUAUAAUAUCGUUUAGGACCUUGAGCGGGGCUGAGGUAUACCCAUGACCAGCUCGGAAACCGGAUUGCAUAGCGGAGAAGGUACGGUGUGAUUCGAAAUGGUUGGUGAUCUGUUUGUUAACUUGGCUUUCAAAAACCUUCGAAAGGCAGGGCAGGCGAAAUCAUGCCUCAUUAGCUCAUUGUUAUGGAUGUAUCCAAAUAAAUUUCACUAGAAAACAAUUUAUGCAAAUGCAGCUAAUUUGCUGUUAUUCCGGCUGCACUUUUUGAAGUGAAUGUAAGUUAGCCAUAGUUGGCUAGCAAGCAAGGGAUAUGAACGUUGCCAGCAAGUAUGGCAAUGGAACACUUAGAACGAACGACCAUAGAUACAGAACAAAAAGACUGAACGACUGGGUCGCAUCUCUAGCAACUGAACCAAUAGAACAAACGACCAGCCGGCUUGGGUAGCAACCCUAGAUUUGUGUCGGGACUACAUCUUGUGGAAGGUUGAAGUAGUCUGAAUAAAUUCAUAAAAAUAAAGUUUUUUAUGAAACUAUGUCAAUCAUUAUUUGAAUAUGUUGGUAACCCGUUGUAUUAAAAGUGAUAAUGCCUGAGAAGCCGGUGUUUGGAGGAUAUAUUGGCACAACACCCGUGCCAAUAUAUAUCUUCCAAACACCGGCUUCUCCGGCAUUAUCAGUUAAAUGGAGAACUGUUCUGUUCAGAACGGACCCGACCCCAACUAGACCCGUUUCCUAUAAACCUGGUUGGAUCCAAGUGAGGGGCAACAGCAGAAAAGUCAAGCUACUUUAUUAACCAGAGCUGAUAGACCGUGAGAGGUGAUGGUCUAGCAGGAGCCGUGUGUGUAGGCCACUGUGACACGGGAACAGGGAGGCGGGAGGGAGAGACUAGAGACAGCAGUCAACCAAGCCGACACGCGCUAUAGUAGACUAAUAGCUUCUCGUUCUUCCACCUCUGGCCUGCUGGCCCCCCUACCUCUACGGAAGCACAGUUCCCGCUCAGCCCAGUCAAAACUGUUUGCUGCUCUGGCACCCCAAUGGUGGAACAAGCUCCCCCACGACGCCAGGACAGCGGAGUCACUGACCACCUUACGGAGACACUUGAAACCCUACCUCUUUAAGGAAUACCUGGGAUAGUAUAAAAGUAAUCCUUCUACCUACCCUACCCCCACAAAAUAAAAACGAAUAAAUAAAAACAUAUAUAUAUAUUUAUAAAACAAAUGAAAAUUAAAAAUAUGCUCCAAAAAUAAAACCUAAAAAAAUUAGAAAAAUAUGAAAUAAAUAAAUUGUAAAGUGGUUAUCCCACUGGCUAUCAUAAGGUGAAUGCACCAAUUUGUAAGUCGCUCUGGAUAACAGCGUCUGCUAAAUGAUGUAAAUGUAAAUAGCUGCCAUAGCUAAGUUAUGUAUCAUCCAAUACGAUUACGUAGUACCUGUCUGGACUGCAUCAAACCGGGAGAAGCUAGUUAAGCUAGCUAACGUUAACUGGCUAGGCUAACUGAGGCUGCAUGUGCUUUCUCAUCCUACACAGUUACAAACAACUCUAUUCAGAAUAUUAAGUAGCAGCCUACCUGUUGGCUCUUAGUCGUUGUAGCCUGUCCUUCCCCUUUAACUUUUAAUUCCAUCUUCCAUGGUUUUGUUCUAUUGGUUCAGUUGCUAGAGACGCGACCCAGUCGUUCAGUCUUUUUGUUCUGUAUCUAUGGUCGUUCGUUCUAAAUGUUUCAUUGCCAUACUGGCUGGCAACGUUCGUAUCCCUUGCUUGCUAGCUAGCCAACUACGGCUAACUUACAGGUAACCAUGGCUAACAGAGGAAGAACAAUGAUUUCAAGCACCACCCUCCUUUUAACAUUCAGCUAGCAGGCUAUACGCUACAUCGGCAGGACAGAACGGCAGACUCGGGUAAGACGAGGGGUGGCGGUCUCUGUAUAUUUGUAAACAACAGCUGGUGCACCAAAUCAAAUACUAAGGAAGUCUCAAGGUUUUGCUCGCCUGAGGUAGAGUAUCUUAUGAUAAGCUGCAGACCACACUAUUUACCAAGAGAGUUUUCAUCUAUAUUUUUCAUAGCUGUCUAUUUACCACCACAAACCAAUGCUGGCAUUAAGAUUGCACUGAAUGAGUUGUACAAGGCCAUUAAUCAACAGGAAAACGCUCAUCCAGAUGCAGCGCUCCUAGUAGCAGGGGACUUUAAUGCAGGGAAACUUAAAUCCGUUCUACCUAAUUUCUACCAGCAUGUUAAAUGUGCAACCAGAGGGGAAAAAACUCUAGACCACCUUUACUCCACACACAGAGACGCAUACAAAGCUCUCCCUCGCCCUCCAUUUGGCAAAUCUGACCAUAACUCUAUCCUCCUGAUUCCUGCUUAUAAGCAAAAACUGAAGCAGGAAGCACCAGUGAUUCGGCUAAUAAAAAAGUGGUCAGAUGACGCAGAUGCUAAGCUACAGGACUGUUUUGCUAGCACAGACUGGAACAUGUUCCGGGAUUCUUCAGACAGCAUUGAGGAGUACACCACAUCAGUCACUGGCUUCAUCAAUAAGUGCAUCGAUGAUGUCGUCCCCACAGUGACCGUACGUACAUACCCCAACCAGAAGCCAUGGAUUACAGGAAACAUCCGCACUGAGCUAAAGGGUAGAGCUGCCGCUUUCAAGGAACGGGACUCUAACCCGGACGCUUAUAAGAAAUCCCGCUAUGACCUCCGACGAACCAUCAAACAGGCAAAGAGUCAAUACAGGUCUAAGAUUGAAUCAUACUACACUGGCUCUGACGCUCGUCGGAUGUGGCAGGGCUUGAAAACUAUUACAGACUACAAAGGGAAGCACAGCCGCGAGCUGCCCAGUGACACAAGCCUACCAGACGAGCUAAACCACUUCUAUGCUCGCUUCGAGGCAAGCAACACUGAAGCAUGCAUGAGAGCACCAGCUGUUCCGGACGACUAUGUGAUCACGCUCUCCGUAGCCGAUGUGAGUAAGACUUUUAAGCAGGUCAACAUUCACAAGGCCGCAGGGCCAGACGGAUUACCAGGACGUGUACUCCGAGCAUGUGCUGACCAACUGGCAAGUGUCUUCACUGACAUUUUCAACAUGUCCCUGACUGAGUCUGUAAUAACAACAUGUUUCAAGCAGACCACCAUAGUCCCCGUGCCCAAGAACUCUAAGAUAACCUGCCUAAAUGACUACCGACCCGUGGCACUGACGUCUGUAGCCAUGAAGUGCUUUGAAAGACUGGUCAUGGCUCACAUCAACAGCAUAAUCCCAGAAACCCUAGACCCACUCCAAUUUGCAUACCACCCCAACAGAUCCACAGAUGAUGCAAUCUCUAUCGCACUCCACACUGCCCUUUCCCACCUGGACAAGAGGAACACCUACGUGAGAAUGCUAUUCAUUGACUACAGCUCAGCAUUCAACACCAUAGUGCCCUCAAAGCUCAUCACUAAGCUAAGGAUCCUGGGACUAAACACCUCCCUCUGCAACUGGAUCCUGGACUUCCUGACGGGCCGCCCCCAGGUGGUAAGGGUAGGUAACAACACAUCUGCCACACUGAUCCUCAACACGGGGGCCCCUCAGGGGUGCGUGCUCAGUCCCCUCCUGUACUCUCUGUUCACCCAUGACUGCAUGGCCAGGCACGACUCCAACACCAUCAUUAAGUUUGCCGACGACACAACAGUGGUAGGCCUGAUCACCGACAACGAUGAGACAGCCUAUAGGGAGGAGGUCAGAGAUCUGGCCGUGUGGUGCCAGGACAACAACCUCUCCCUCAACGUGACCAAGACAAAGGAGAUGAUUGUGGACUACAGGAAAAAAAAGAGGACUGAGCACGCCCCCAUUCUCAUCGACGGGGCUGUAGUGGAACAGGUUGAGAGCUUCAAGUUCCUUGGUGUCCACAUCACCAACGAACUAUCAUGGUCCAAACACACCAAGACAGUCGUGAAGAGGGCACGACAAAGCCUAUUCCCCCUCAGGAGACUAAAAAGAUUUGGCAUGGGUCCUCAGAUCCUCAAAAAAUUCUACAGCUGCACCAUCGAGAGCAUCCUGACUGGUUGCAUCACCGCCUGGUAUGGCAACUGCUUGGCCUCUGACCGCAAGGCACUACAGAGGGUAGUGCGUACGGCCCAGUACAUCACAGGGGCAAAGCUCCCUGCCAUCCAGGACCUCUAUACCAGGCGGUGUCAGAGGAAGGCCCUCAAAAUUGUCAAAGACUCCAGUCACCCUAGUCAUAGACUGUUCUCUCUGCUACCGCACGGCAAGCGGUACCGGAGUGCCAAGUCUAGGUCCAAAAGACUUCUCAACAGCUUCUACCCCCAAGCCAUAAGACUCCUGAACAGCUAAUCAUGGCUACCCGGACUAUUUGCACUGCCCCCCCACCCCAUACUUUUUACGCUGCUGCUACUCUGUUAAGUAUUUAUGCAUAGUCACUUUAACUCUACCCACAUGUACAUAUUACCUCAACUACCUCAACUAGCCGGUGCCCCCGCACAUUGACUAUGCAACGGUACCCCCCUGUAUAUAUAGCCUCCCUACUGUCACUUUAUUCUAUUGUAUAUAUAGCCUCCCUACUGUCACUUUAUUUUUACUUCUGCUCUUUUUUUCUCAACACUUUUUUUGUUGUUGUUUUAUUCUUACUUUUUUUGUUUAAAAUAAAUGCACUGUUGGUUAAGGGCUGUAAGUAAGCAUUUCACUGUAAUGUCUGCACCUGUUGUAUUCGGCGCAUGUGACCAAUAAAAUUUGAUUUGAUUUGAUUUUAAAGCUACCAGUCGGUUAUUCUAACUCAACAGCAUGACAGAGUGAUCUCCAGCCUUGUCCUCGUCAACACUCUCACCUCUGUUAACGAGAGAAUCACUGACAUGAUGGCAGCUGGUCCUUUUGUGGCAGGGCUGAAAUGCAGUGGAAAUGUUUUUUGGGGGAUUAAGUUCAUUUUCAUGGCAAAGAGGGACUUUGCAAUUAAUUGCAGUUCAUCUGAUCACUCUUCAUGACAUUCUGGAGUAUAUGCAAAUUGCCUUCAUCAAAACUGAGGCAGCAGACUUUGUGAAAAUUAGUAUUUGUGUCAUUCUCUCAACUUUUGACCACGACAUGCUGCUCAAGAUCCAGUACUAUUCAUGUGCACAAUGUCUCAUUCACAUUCGCUUGUAAAUGUCCAAACUCACCAAAAAGGACAUUCAGUAGUUCCUAACAAUAUAUGUAGAACUAGAUUGCUGUCUUUUGCUAAUUAUUUAUUUUUGGCUCAUUAGCAUAUUUAGCUAGCAGCCUCAAUGGAAAUUCGCUAUUACUUGUGGUAAUUUUGUUAGCAUUCUGGUAAUAGACGCCCGAUGGGCUUCUUGUGUACUAAGCCGGUGAUGCUGUAAAUCCCGGGGUGAGAGAAGGGCCGUAUGACGAUAUGAAAAUCUGUAUCCUACCCUGAGACCCGUGACAAUCAUAUCAGAUCCGACCCAGACCGUGACAGAAUUCUGGAAACGUACCCUCACGGGGGUAUUCGGGUACAAGUGGAUCCGUGAAGACCUCUAGCUCACAUCUCACCGUAUCUGUUGUGUUUCUUUGUUGUUCUUUGAGUAUUUGAGAUCCUGGUUCGAAUCCAGGCUCUGUCGCAGCCGGCCGCGACCGGGAGACUCAUGGGCGGCGCACAAUUGGCCCAGCGUCGUCCAGGGUAGGGGAGGGAAUGGCCGGCAGGGAUGUAGCUCAGUUGAUAGAGCAUGGCGUUUGCAACGCCAGGGUUGUGGGUUCGAUUCCCACGGGGGGCCAGUAUAAAAAAAUAUGUAUUCACGAACUGUAAGUCGCUCUGGAUAAGAGCGUCUGCUAAAUGACUAAAAUGUAAAACAUGUUGUUGUUCUUACAAAGUCCAAUAAAUAAUUGUUAAACUAAAGUGCUGCAAUAACAGCUCUUUCCUUCCCUCCUGUGUGUAGUGGCUAAGGUGGCUGCCUUUCCCAACACAGCAGAGUCUGCAGCCCUCCCUGCGGUCCCACCUGUAGAAGAGCCUGCUUCCAUCCCAGUCUCCACCAUAGCAGAACCUGUCCCCCUCCCCGUCCCAACCAUAGCAGACCCUGCCCCCCUCCCCGUCCCAGUCUCCACCAUCGCAGACCCUGUCCCCCUCCCCGUCCCAGUCUCCACCAUAGCAGAACCUCUCCCCGUCCCAGUCUCCACCAUAGCAGAACCUGUCCCCCUCCCCGUCCCAGUCUCCACCAUAGCCGACCCUGCCUCCCUCCCCGUCCCAGUCUCCACCAUAGCCGACCCUGUCCCCCUCCCCGUCCCAGUCUCCACCAUAGCCGACCCUGCCCCCCUCCCCGUUCCAGUCUCCACCAUAGCCGACCCUGCCCCCCUCCCCGUCCCAGUCUCCACCAUAGCAGAACCUGUCCCCCUCCCAGUCCCAGUCUCCACCAUAGCGGAGGGGGUGUCGUCUCAGUGUGACAUGGUUGAGGUGCUGAGCCGCCAGCUGGAGGACAUCCUCAACACCUACUGCCUGGAGGACAACGGGGAGGACGGGGUUAACCUGCCCAACGGCCAAUCACACGGCCCCGUGCUCAACGGCCUGGCCAAUGAGAAGGAGCUGGACGUCAAGCCGGAGGAGGUCAAAGUGAAUGCCGGCGGAGCGGAGAAGGAGAAGGUGAAGCUUCAGGAGAAGAAGAAGGUGAAGGGGCUGGGUAAGGACUGGUUCUGUUGCUCUGUCUGAAAUCAACCCCUAGUGAAGGGGCUGGGUAAGGACUGGUUCUGUUGCUCUGUCUGAAAUCAACCCCUAGUGAAGGGGCUGGGUAAGGACUGGUUCUGUUGCUCUGUCUGAAAUCAACCCCUAGUGAAGGGGCUGGGUAAGGACUGGUUCUGGGUGUAGGUCAGUGGCCUGAAGAAGAAGGUGAAGGGGCUGGGUAAGGACUGGUUCUGUUGCUCUGUCUCAAAUCAACCCCUAGUGAAGGGGCUGGGUAAGGACUGGUUUUGUUGCUCUGUCUGAAAUCAACCCCUAGUGAAGGGGCUGGGUAAGGACUGGUUCUGUUGCUCUGUCUGAAAUCAACCCCUAGUGAAGGGGCUGGGUAAGGACUGGUUCUGUUGCUCUGUCUGAAAUCAACCCCUAGUGAAGGGGCUGGGUAAGGACUGGUUCUGUUGCUCUGUCUGAAAUCAACCCCUAGUGAAGGGGCUGGGUAAGGACUGGUUCUGUUGCUCUGUCUGAAAUCAACCCCUAGUGAAGGGGCUGGGUAAGGACUGGUUCUGCUGCUCUGUCUGAAAUCAACCCCUAGUGAAGGGGAUGGGUAAGGACUGGUUCUGUUGCUCUGUCUGAAAUCAACCCCUAGUGAAGGGGCUGGGUAAGGACUGGUUCUGCUGCUCUGUCUGAAAUCAACCCCUAGUGAAGGGGCUGGGUAAGGACUGGUUCUGCUGCUCUGUCUGAAAUCAACCCCUAGUGAAGGGGCUGGGUAAGGACUGGUUCUGUUGCUCUGUCUGAAAUCAACCCCUAGUGAAGGGGCUGGGUAAGGACUGGUUCUGUUGCUCUGUCUGAAAUCAACCCCUAGUGAAGGGGCUGGGUAAGGACUGGUUUCUGUUGCUCUGUCUGAAAUCAACCCCUAGUGAAGGGGCUGGGUAAGGACUGGUUCUGUUGCUCUGUCUGAAAUCAACCCCUAGUGAAGGGGCUGGGUAAGGACUGGUUCUGCUGCUCUGUCUGAAAUCAACCCCUAGGGCCAAUUCCUAGAUGCUUGUCGUUGAUCUGGGUGUAGGUCAGUGGCCUGAAGAAGAAGGUGAAGGGGCUGGGUAAGGACUGGUUCUGCUGCUCUGUCUGAAAUCAACCCCUAGUGAAGGGGCUGGGUAAUGACUGGUUCUGUUGCUCUGUCUGAAAUCAACCCCUAGUGAAGGGGCUGGGUAAGGACUGGUUCUGUUGCUCUGUCUGAAAUCAACCCCUAGUGAAGGGGCUGGGUAAGGACUGGUUCUGUUGCUCUGUCUGAAAUCAACCCCUAGUGAAGGGGCUGGGUAAGGACUGGUUCUGGGUGGAGGUCAGUGGCCUGAAGAAGAAGGUGAAGGGGCUGGGUAAGGACUGGUUCUGGGUGGAGGUCAGUGGCCUGAAGAAGAAGGUGAAGGGGCUGGGUAAGGACUGGUUCUGGGUGGAGGUCAGUGGCCUGAAGAACGACGUGGAGCUGCUACCCAUCUAUAUUGGUCACUAAUAUCUAGCCGUCAUCCAUCCGAUUCUUUUAGUCAUAUGAGUGGUGGCUAGGGAUUGGUUUAGGUCUGGACAGCUUCCCCUUGUGUGUUGCUGGGUCCCUGUUGUGAUGAGGUGGUGUUGCACUGAAUGUCUUCCCCCUCCUGUGUGUUGCAGGUAAAGAGAUCACCCUGCUGAUGCAGACCCUGAAUACUCUGAGUACACCAGAGGAGAAACUGUCAGGCCUCUGUAAGAAGUAUGCUGAGCUGGUGAGUAGUAACUCUCAUAAACGCUUUGACUCCGGUCUGGUGUGUGUGUGUGUGUGUGGCUCUAAGGCUGUUGGUUUAGAAAAUCACUUUUAUUUAUUUCAUUUUAGCAUGCUAGCAGCCCUCUUAUUUCUAGCCUCCAUCUGUGUAUCAGCCAGUAGUUUGUCUCCUGUGUCUGUCUCUGUCUGUCUGGUCAUCAUGCAGGGGAAUGGACAGGGCGGCUCAACGCAGGGUGACCUACAGGGGAAUGGACAGGGUGACCUACAGGGGAAUGGACAGGGAGGCUCAACGCAGGGUGACCUACAGGGGAAUGGACAGGGUGACCUACAGGGGAAUGGACAGGGCGGCUCAACGCAGGGUGACCUACAGGGGAAUGGACAGGGCGGCUCAACGCAGGGUGACCUACACGGGAAUGGACAGGGCGGCUCAACGCAGGGUGACCUACAGGGGAAUGGACAGGGCAGCUCAACGCAGGGUGACCUACAGGGGAAUGGACAGGGAGGCUCAACGCAGGGUGACCUACAGGGGAAUGGACAGAGCGGCUCAACGCAGGGUGACCUACAGGGGAAUGGACAGGGUGACCUACAGGGGAAUGGACAGGGCGGCUCAACGCAGGGUGACCUACAGGGGAAUGGACAGGGCGGCUCAACGCAGGGUGACCUACACGGGAAUGGACAGGGCGGCUCAACACAGGGUGACCUACAGGGGAAUGGACAGGGCGGCUCAACGCAGGGUGACCUACACGGGAAUGGACAGGGCGGCUCAACACAGGGUGACCUACAGGGGAAUGGACAGGGCGGCUCAACGCAGGGUGACCUACAGGGGAAUGGACAGGGUGACCUACAGGGGAAUGGUCAGGGAGGCUCAACGCAGGGUGACCUACAGGGGAAUGGACAGGGCGGCUCAACGCAGGGUGACCUACAGGGGAAUGGACAGGGCGGCUCAACGCAGGGUGACCUACACGGGAAUGGACAGGGCGGCUCAACACAGGGUGACCUACAGGGGAAUGGACAGGGCGGCUCAACGCAGGGUGACCUACAGGGGAAUGGACAGGGUGACCUACAGGGGAAUGGACAGGGUGACCUACAGGGGAAUGGACAGGGCGGCUCAACGCAGGGUGACCUACAGGGGAAUGGACAGGGUGACCUACAGGGGAAUGGACAGGGCGGCUCAACGCAGGGUGACCUACAGGGGAAUGGACAGGGCAGCUCAACGCAGGGUGACCUACAGGGGAAUGGACAGGGUGACCUACAGGGGAAUGGACAGGGCGGCUCAACGCAGGGUGACCUACAGGGGAAUGGACAGGGCGGCUCAACGCAGGGUGACCUACAGGGGAAUGGACAGGGUGACCUACAGGGGAAUGGACAGGGCGGCUCAACGCAGGGUGACCUACAGGGGAAUGGACAGGGCGGCUCAACGCAGGGCGACCUACCCUAUGGAAAUUAGUCCUGGAUUUAUCGCUGAUUCAAGAAUCUGUGAUGCAGUGCCGGUCUCUCCUCUCCGCCCUGUGUGUCCAUAACAUGUGCGGUGUGAAUAAGUGACAGAUCAUACCAGUGUGUAUAACUGAUCAAGAGGAUGUGUUUGUGACAGGCUAAUGUGUCUGUGUCCAUUUCUGGAUGUGUUUGACGUUAGCAUCUUUCUCAAUUUGCACCUUCAAGCAUGACCUAGUGUGUGUCCCCCCCACUGCUCUCUCUGUAUAUGUGUGUGUGUGUGUGUGUGUGUGCGCGCAGCUGGAGGAGCAGCGGAACAGUCAAAAGCAAAUGCGUGUCCUGCAGAAGAAACAGUCUCAGCUGGUGCAGGAGACGGACCACCUGAAGAAGGAGCACAGCAAGGCCAUCCUGGCGCGCAGCAAACUGGAAUCCCUCUGUAGGGAGCUGCAAAGGCACAACAGAACACUCAAGGUUAGCAGGAUUUUUUUUUUUUUUUUUUUGAACAUAAGAUGGUAAAUCUGUUACUAAGUAUUCCCCACGCAUAAUAGAGAUAUGUACAGUUGAAGUCUGAAGUUUACAUACACUUAGGUUGGAGUCAUUAAAACUUGUUUUUCAACCACUCCACACAUUUCUUUUUAACAAACUAUAGUUUUGGCAAGUCGGUUAGGACAUCUACUUUGUGCAUGACACAAGUCAUUUUUCCAACAAUUGUUUACAGACAGAUUAUUUCACUUAGAAUUCACUGUAUCACAAUUCCAGUGGGUCAGAAGUUUACAUUCAAUAAGUUGACUGGGCCUUUAAACAGCUUGGAAAAUUCCAGAAAAUGAUGUCAUGGCUUUAGAAGCUUCUGAUCGGCUAAUUGACAUAAUUUGAGUCAAUUGGAGGUGUACCUGUGGAUGUAUUUCAAGGCCUACCUUCAAACUCAGUGCCUCUUUGCUUGACAUCAUGGGAAAAUGAAAAGAAAUCAGCCAAGACCUCAGGAAAGAAAUUGUAGACCUCCACAAGUCUGGUUCAUCCUUGGGAGCAAUUUCCAAACGCCUGAAUGCAAGUAUAAACACCAUGGGACCACGCAGCCGUCAUACCGCUCAGGAAGGAGACGCGUUCUGUCUCCUAGAGAUAAACGUAAUUUGGUACGAAAAGUGCAAAUCAAUCCCAGAACAACAGCAAAGGACCUUGUGAAGAUGCUGGAGGAAACAGGUACAGAAGUAUCUAUAUCCACAGUGAAACAAGUCAUAUAUCGACAUAACCUGAAAGGCCGCUCAGCAAGGAAGAAGCCACUGCUCCAAAACCGCCAUAAAAAAGCCACACUACGGUUUGCAACUGCACAUGGGGACAAAGAUCGUACUUUUUUGAGAAAUGUCCUCUGGUCUGAUGAAACAAAAAUAGAACUGUUUGGCCAUAAUGACCAUCAUUAUGUUUGGAGGAAAAAGGGGAAGGCUUGCAAGCUGAAGAACACCAUCCCAACCGUGAAGCACGGGGGUGGCAGCAUCAUGCUGUGGGGGUGCUUUGCUGCAGGAGGGACUCGUGCACUUCACAAAAUAGAUGGCAUCAUGAGGAAGGGAAAAUUAUGUGGAUAUAUUGAAGCAACAUCUCAAGACAUCAGUCAGGAAGUUAAAGCUUGGUCGCAAAUGGGUCUUCCAAAUGACCAUUGACCCCAAGCAUACUUCCAAAGUUGUGGCAAAAUGGCUUAAGGACAACAAAGUCAAGGUAUUGGAGUGGCCAUCACAAAGCCUUGACCUCGGUCCUAUAGACAAUGUGUGGAAGUAUGUGCAGAACUGAAAAGGCGUGUGGGAGCAAGGAGGCCUACAAACCUGACUCAGUUACACCAGCUCUGUCAGGAGGAAUGGGCCAAAAUUCACCCAACUUAUUGUGGGAAGCUUGUGGAAGGCUACCUGAAACGUUUGACCCAAGUUAAACAAUUUUAAAGGCAAUGCUACCAAAUACUAAUUGAGUGUAUGUAAACUUCUGACCCACUGGGAAUGUGAUGAAAGAAAUAAAAGCUGAAAGAAAUAAUUCUCUCUACUAUUAUUCUGACAUUUCACAUUCUUAAAAUAAAGUGGUGAUCCUAACUGACCUGAGACAGGGAAUUUUUACUAGGAUUAAAUGUCAGGAAUUGUGAAAAACUGAGUUUAAAUGUAUUUGGCUAAGGUGUAUGUAAACUUCUGACUUCAACUGUAUGUGAUCGUAUACAAAUAUAAGCAAGUUAUGACAAUUUUUCUUUUUUAGUUAUAUCUGUUUGGUCUUCUUACGGUCAAUUUGCAGUCUACAAAUUAUUUGCAAUUGUGUUCCGGCCCCCUGACCAUCUGCUCAAGAGAAAAUGUACCCUUGGCUGAAUCUCUACCCUUGGCUGAAUCUAGGUAAUGAUCCCUGAGGUAUAGGAUGGUGAAGCAGUGGUUUAAGUCAGUAUUCAGGCCAGCACAGUGCGGUUUAAGUCGGUAUUCAGGCCAGCACAGUGCGGUGUAAGUCGGUAUUCAGGCCAGCACAGUGUGGUUUAAGUUGGGCCUAUAAUGUGAAUCAGCCAUAGUUGAGUCUGAGAUAGGGGAGAGCUCACAUAUGGCUCCUGGUAUGUAGAGGCAGAGGGGAGAGCUCACAUAGGGCUCCUGAUAUGCAGAGGGGAGAGCUCACAUAUGGGCUCCUGAUAUGCAGAGGGGGAGCUCACAUAGGGCUCCUGAUAUGCAGAGGGGAGAGCUCACAUAGGGCUCCUGAUAUGCAGAGGGGAGAGCUCACAUAGGGCUCCUGAUAUGCAGAGGGGAGAGCUCACAUAGGGCUCCUGGUAUGCAGAGGGGAGAGCUCACAUAGGGCUCCUGGUAUGCAGAGGGGAGAGCUCACAUAUGGCUCCUGGUAUGCAGAGGGGAGAGCUCACAUAUGGCUCCUGGUAUGCAGAGGGGAGAGCUCACAUAUGGCUCCUGGUAUGCAGAGGGGAGAGCUCACAUAGGGCUCCUGGUAUGCAGAGGGGGAGAGCUCACAUAGGGCUCCUGGUAUGCAGAGGGGGAGAGCUCACAUAGGGCUCCUGGUAUGCCAGAGGGGAGAGCUCACAUAUGGCUCCUGGUAUGCAGAGGGGAGAGCUCACAUAGGCUCCUGGUAUGCAGAGGGGAGAGCUCACAUAGGCUCCUGGUAGUAGGGCAGAGGGGAGAGCUCACCUAGGGCUCCUGGUUAUGCAGAGGGGAGAGCUCAGCAUAGGGCUCCUGGUAUGUAGAGGCUCACAUAGGGCUCCUGUAUGCAGGAGGGGAGAGCUCACAUAGGGCUCCUGGUAUGUGAGAAAGGCAGAGGGGAGAGCUCACAUAUGGCUCCUGGUAUGCAGAGGGGAGAGCUCACAUAGGGCUCCUGGUAUGUAGAGGCAGAGGGGAGAGCUCACAUAGGCCUCCUGGUAUGCAGAAAGGGAGAGCUCACAUGGCUCGUGGUAUGUGAGAAAGGCAGAGGGGAGAGCUCACAUAGGCCUCCUGGUAUGUAGAGGGGAGAGCUCACAUAGGGCUCCUGGUAUGCAGAAGGGAGAGCUCACAUAGGGCUCCUGGUAUGCAGAAGGGAGAGCUCACAUAGGGCUCCUUUGAGUGGUAUGGCUAAAGCAACCGACUGCAGAUGUGGUUUUCCAACAAAAAAGGCUCAGAUCAACAUGGCAGUGUUGCCAUUGCUUAUAACAUGUCUCCAACCCCCAUAGCACAGACUCACAAACUGGAAUCAUGUGUGUAAAUUGUAUAAUCAAUUAGUGAUAAAGAGCCUUAAAUAUCACAUUCAUUUAUAUCCAGUCCACUGUAUGAAUCAUGGCAAAGUUGGUUCCUGUUCGUCUGGGUCAAACUGGAACCCUCUGAAGGGUGGUUGGCAAUAGAGCCUCCCACAAUGCCGGGGAUAGCUGCAGGAUGAAGAUGGUGAAGAGCAACUGUCGACUGCAGUCAACGUAAUGACCUUUUUGAUCACAUGAUAGUUGUCAAGUUCAUGCAUUCGACAUGUAGGCGCAAGUCUGACAAUUUUUAUCCCCAUAAUGCAACACCCCUUGAAAGGCUGUAACCAACGACCUGACUAAAGUGAUCUGCUCGAGCGCACCCACACAUUCCAAGUUUGCGUUCCAAAAACUAUAAGAUGAGUCUUAUUGUUCUCUGAUUGCUAUGACCAUCUUCUUGUUAACCAAAAGUUUUAAUAUUUUUCUGAUUCAAGAAGUGAACAACUUUCUGGAGUCAAAUGGAGCUGUGCAUUUUAAACGAACUUUGACCUGCUCUUGCAGGAGGACGGGGUGCAGCGUGCACGCGUGGAGGAGGAGAAGAGGAAGGAGGUGACAUCACACUUCCAGGUGAGCCACUAGCAUCGUGUAAAGAAAGGAUGAAUCUCAAGUCUUUCCUUGAUUCAUUGCCACGAUCUUCUCCUAUGAGUGUUGAGAAGUAGGCGAGGAAUCAAGGAAAUACUAAUGACAUUCACACAAGGAUUAAACUGUUUCGGCUACUUCCUGGUGUCACGUCCUUUAUGAUGUAACAUCCUCUAAGCCGUGUGUGCGUGUGUUCCCAGGUGACUCUGAAUGACAUCCAGGCCCAGAUGGAACAACAUAAUGAGAGGAAUACCAGUCUGAGGCAGGAGAACUCUGAGCUGGCAGAGAAGCUCAAGAAACUCAUCCAACAGUACGAACUACGAGAGGAGGUGUGUGUGUGGAGUGGGGAGAACGGUGUGGAGUGGGGAGAACGGUGUCUGGAGUGGGGAGAACGGUGUGGGGAGAACGGUGGGGUGGGGAGAACGGUGUGGGGGAGUUGGGAGAACGGUGUUGGAGUGGGGAGACGAGACGGUGUUGGAGUGGGGAGAACGGUGUGGGAGGUGUUUGGAGUGGGGAGAACGGUGUGGUGUGAGUGGGGAGACGGUGGUUUUGGAGUGGGAGAACGUGUGUGGGGAGACGGUGUGGGGAGAACGGGUGGGAGAACGUGUCUGGAGUGGGAGGAACGUGGUGAACGUGUGUGGAUGGGAAACGGUGUGUGGAGUGUGGGAGUGGGGAACGGUGUGUGAGUGGGGAGACGGUGUGUUGCGUUUUGGUGUGGGGAGAACGUGUGUGGUGGAGAACGGUGUGGGAAACGGUGGUGGAGUGGGGAGAACGGUGUGUGGGGAGAACGGUGUGGGGAGAACGGUGUGUGGAGUGGGGAGAACGGUGUGGGGAAACGGGUGGGGAGGGUGGGGAGAACGGUGUGUGGAGUGGGGAGAACGGUGUGGGGAGAACGGUGUGUGGUGUGGGGAGAACGGUGUGGGGAGAACGGUGUGUGGAGUGGGGAGAACGGUGUGUUUGGGGGGAGAACGGUUUUGGGGGAUUGGGGAGAACGGUGUUUUGGAGUGGGGAGAACGGUGUGUGGAGUGGAGUGAGAACGGUGGUGGAGUGGGGAGAACGUUUUGGGGGGGGAACGGUGUGUGGAGUGGGGAGAACGGUGUGGGGAGAACGGUGUGGGGAGUGGGAGAACGGUGUGUUGAGUGGGGAGAACGGUGUGGAGUGGGGAGAACGUUGGGGGGUGGGGAGUGGGGAGAACGGGUGUGGGUUGGGGAACGUGUGGGGAGAACGGUGUGUGGAGUGGGGAGAACGGUGUGUGGAGUGGGGAGAACGGUGUGUGGAGUGGGGAGAACGGUGUGUGGAGUGGGGAGAACGGUGGGGGGAAACGGUGUGGGGAGGAACGGUGUGUGGAGUGGGGAGAACGGUGUGGGUGGGGGAGAACGGUGUGUGGUGUGGUGGGGAGAACGGUUUGGUGUGAGUGGGGAGAACGGUGUGGGGAGAAACGGUUGUGGGGAGUGGGGAGAACGGUGUGUGGAGUGGGGGAGAACGGUUGUGUGGAGUGGGGAACGGUGUGUGGAGUGGGGAGAACGGUGUGGGAGAACGGGGUUGUGGAGUGGUGAGAACGGUGGGGGGGAGAACGUGUGGGGGAGAACGGUGUGGGUGUGGGGAGUGGGGAGAACGGUGUGUGGAGUGGGGAGAACGGUGUGUGGAGUGGGGAGAACGGUGUGUGGGGAGACGUGUGUUGUGGAGUGGGGGAGAACGGGUGUGGUGGGGGGGAGAACGGUUUUGGGGUGAACGGUGUGUGGAGUGGGAGAACGGUGUGUGGAGUGGGUGAGGUGUGGGGGAACGUUGUGUGGAGUGGGGAGAACGGUGGGGGUGGUGGGUGGGGAGAACGUGUGUGUGUGGGUAGACGUGUGGGGUGGUGGGGAGAACGUGUUGUGUGUGAGGUUGGGAGACGGUGUGGGGGAACGUUUUUGGAGUGGGAAACGUGUGUGGGGAGAACGGUGUGUGGGUGGGGAGAACGUGAUGGGGAAACGGUGUGUGGAUUGGGGAGAACGGUGUGGGAGUGGGAGAAGUUUGUGGUUGUGGAGUGUGGAGAACGGUGUGUUGGGGGGUGGGGAACUGUGUGUGGUGGAGUGGGGAGAACGGUGUGUGGUUGGGGAGUGGUGUGGUGUGUGUGUUUUGGAGUGGGUGAGAAACGGUGUGUGUUUCCGGGGGGAGCAGACAGGAGUGCUGCAGCUCUGUGCCAGGACAUGGACAUUUACUUAAAUAACUAAAGCAAACCAGGUGCAACUGCAGUAAAGGUCUGACAAUGUUCUGCACAUGUGAGCGUUAACCCCCUGUCGUCUCUCACAGCACAUUGACAAGGUGUUCAAGCACAAGGACCUGCAGCAACAGUUGGUGGACGCUAAGCUACACCAGGCUCAGGAACUGCUCAUGGAGGCAGAGGACCGCCAUCACAGAGAGAAGGACUUUGUGAGUAACAGUAAAACAUGGUCGUUUGGUGAACACUAGUCAACGUAUUCAACUCAGUGAGUAUAUCAUGUGAGUUAUAUGGGAAUCAAACCCACAACACUUUAUUUUGGUCUCCUGUUGUCUCUCCAGCUGCUGUAGGAAGCGGUGGAGUCUCAGAGGAUGGGUUUGGGUUAGUCUCAUGUUAGUCUCCUGUUGUCUCUCCAGCUGCUGAAGGAAGCGGUGGAGUCUGAGGAGGGGUUUGGGUUAGUCUCAUGUUAGUCUCCUCUUCUCUCCAGCUGUUGAAGGAAGCGGUGGAGUCUCAGAGGAGGGGUUUGGGUUAGUCUCAUGUUAGUCUCCUCUUCUCUCCAGCUGUUGAAGGAAGCGGUGGAGUCUCAGAGGAGGGGUUUGGAUUAGUCUCAUGUUAGUCUCCUCUUCUCUCCAGCUGCUGAAGGAAGCGGUGGAGUCUCAGAGGAGGGGUUUGGGUUAGUCUCAUGUUAGUCUCCUGUUGUCUCUCCAGCUGUUGAAGGAAGCGGUGGAGUCUCAGAGGAUGGGUUUGGGUUAGUCUCAUGUUAGUCUCCUCUUCUCUCCAGCUGCUGUAGGAAGCGGUGGAGUCUCAGAGGAUGGGUUUGGGUUAGUCUCAUGUUAGUCUCCUCUUCUCUCCAGCUGUUGAAGGAAGCGGUGGAGUCUCAGAGGAUGGGUUUGGGUUAGUCUCAUGUUAGUCUCCUGUUGUCUCUCCAGCUGCUGAAGGAAGCGGUGGAGUCUCAGAGAAGGGGUUUGGGUUAGUCUCAUGUUAGUCUCCUGUUGUCUCUCCAGCUGUUGAAGGAAGCGGUGGAGUCUCAGAGGAGGGGUUUGGGUUAGUCUCAUGUUAGUCUCCUGUUGUCUCUCCAGCUGUUGAAGGAAGCGGUGGAGUCUCAGAGAAUGUGUGAGCUGAUGAAGCAGCAGGAGGUCCAUCUGAAACAACAGGUAACUUAGAACUCUCUAGGACAGAGUGGAUGCAUCUAGCGCUAUGAUAAACAACCUCACUGUGUCUGUUGAGCUGUAAAGUUAAUGUGGUGGACUAUAUUUCCAUAGUGAAUGACCUAACUCUCUUUCCCGUAUCCCCUCCCGCCUGUCUCCCCACCCAGCUGUCCUUAUACACAGAGAAGUUUGAGGAGUUCCAGACCACUCUGUCCAAGAGCAAUGAGGUGUUCACCACCUUCAAACAGGAGAUGGAGAAGGUGAGUGAGUUGGCUGUCUGUCUGUGUCACACAUCAGCAGAGAUCCCAGAAGAGCGUGUGACCUGCGUGUCGUCCGUGGUCAUGUGAUGUGACCUGUGUGUGUGUGUCCUUAGAUGACGAAGAAGAUCAAGAAGCUGGAGAAGGAGACGAGCAUGUAUCGCUCCAGGUGGGAGAGUAGCAACAAAGCCCUGCUGGUCAUGGCUGAGGAGGUAAUUCAGAUUUAAAUCACUGAUUUGGAGCUUUUGUAAUGUUGUGUGUAUUUUGUGUUUUGUUGGGGAAAAGUGCAAGAUUAUACACUGAGUGUACAAAACAUUAGAACCAUUCUUGAUACACACAGGAAACUGUUGAGCGUUCAAAAACCCAGGAGCAGUUGUAGUUCUUGACACAAACCGGUGCGCCUGGCACCUACUGCCAUGCAUAACCCAGCACUUAAAUAUUUUGUCUUGUCAAUUCACCCUCUGAAUGGCACACAUACACAAUCCAUGUCUCAAUUGUCUCGGCUUAAAAAUCCUUCUUUAACCCUGUCUCCUCCCCUUCAUCUACACUGAUUUUGAAGUGGAUUAAACAAGUGACAUCAAUAAUGGAUCAUAGCUUUCACCUGGUCAGUCUGUCAUGGAGAGAGCAGGUGUUCCUAAUAUUUUGUACACUCAGUGUAAGUUUGUGUGUAUCUGUAUUAAUCUGCGUGUCUCCUGUAGAAAACCCUGCAGGACCGUGAGUUUGACGGCCUCCAGGGGAAGGUAGGAAGGUUGGAGAAGCUUUGCCGGGCACUGCAGAACGAACGCAACGAGCUCAGCAAGAAGGUCCAAGGCCUGAGCGCCGGCCCCGAGGACAACAGCCCAGGGGUCGAAUCCCCUUCCCUACCCUCCACAGACUCCCAGGAGCCCAGCCCAGACCCCAACACCACCACCCCUAGCUCCCCCAGACCCUGCUCCCACGGCUGCCACUGCGGCCCAGAGUUGGACACUGAGAAUCAGGCCUGUGCAGCCCCCCUGACUGCCCAGGAAUGA